AUGGCGACCAGAAGACAGCCGUCUAGGGCCGUGGGGAGCAACCCCGUUCCGGAACCGAGUCAGCAGAACCCUCCCCGAAGCCCACCUGGGAGGGUUCGGAGUCCGGAGGGCCCUCCGCCUCCUCCUGAUCGGAUAGCACUUCUGGAGGGUCAAGUACAACGAUUGACGGAGUUACUCAUGGGUUUUCUAGAUGGCCAGCAUCAGCAAGCCCAGCACUCUCGGGCGGAAGAAAGGCGCGAGCCCCCAAGAGAAGAGGAAUCCUAUCGACAGGACGAGAAUCCGCAGAGGCCAGGGCCAGAUGACGGCGAGGCGGGCGAGUCUCUUGACUUGUCGUUUGUGCAGCAGCGGCAGGAAAGAAGAUUGCGGCAGUUGGAGGAGGAGAUAGCCGCCCUAAAGCCAAGGACCGGAGAGGCUCAGGGACCAAGGAUAAAUCAGCCCCUUGGCCCAGAGAUCAUGGCGGCCAUACCACCAGAACGUCUCUGUAUCCCGGCCAUUAAGCCCUACGCAGGGACCACCGACCCGAUGGAUCACCUGGAUCUCUUUACCUCGCAUAUGAUGGUACAGGACGCCUCAGACGCGAUGUGGUGUAGAGUUUUCUUGGCCACUCUGGAGGGGCACGCAUGGGCGUGGUACUCAAACCUGGCUCAUCAUUCCAUCGUAAGUUUUGCGCAACUCCGGAGCAGCUUUCUGGCGCACUUUGCACCUCUCCGAAGACACCGAAGGUCCACCAUGGCCUUGGUGAGUAUGAAGCAAAACCAAGGAGAGCCCUUGAAGGAUUUCGUUUCACGAUUUAAUAUGGAAGCCCUGAGCAUCGAGAACUUUGACCACAAUGUUGCUAUGGUGGCAUUCCAGAACGCCCUGAGGCCCGGCCCUUUCGCCCAAUCAUUAGCCAAAACGCCUCCGAGCGCGUUCACGGACAUAUUGGGCCGGGCCACGAAGAGGAGUGACGACCGAAGAGAAAAGCAUCGCCCUCGGUGGGAUUCGGCGGGUUUCACUCCUCUGAACGCCCCGAGGGCAGAAAUCCUGGCUACUAUUGAGGGAAAAGAUUACUUGAAAAAGCCUCGACCGAUGAAGGCACCAUCUGACAAAAGGAACAGAAGUAAAUAUUGCCGAUUCCACCGAGAUCAUGGUCAUGACACGGAGGAGUGUCACCAAUUAAAGGAGGAGAUUCAGGAACUUAUCAAUCGGGGUUUCCUGAGGAGCUACGUGGCAAAAACAGGUGAUUCUCAGGGGAGAAAGGAUCGACGAUCGCGAUCAAGAAGCCCCCCCAAGAGAGACCGCGCGGAGGAUCGAAAUCGGGCCCAGCGGGAGAGAUCACAUCGAAGAGAAGAUGAUCAUCCUCAGCCUCCGAUAUUCCACACACUCGCGGCUGGGGAGGUCCCAGUCAUGAAGGACGAAAAAAGUAAUGCGACCCGGCUGAAAAGAUCGAGGAACGUGGAUCCAAUCUCUUUUUCAGAUAGCGACCUCCCGGGGUACCCGACUCAAAAUGACCCACUGGUGAUAACAACUGAACUCGGGAAGUGGGAACUUCGGCGGAUCCUUGUGGAUCCAGGAAGCUCUUCAGAAAUCUUGUAUCGGCAAGCCUUCUUAGGCAUGGGGUAUGAAAUGACACAGUUAAGGGCAGCGAGGGUCCCUUUGGUGGGAUUUGAUGGUGAAGCCGUAUAUUCAGAAGGGAUUAUUUAA